AUACAUAUCCAGUCUACUGGGGGAUUUGUUGCUGUUCACGCUCUAGGAUUCUCCGUCCGGCUCAUCAACACCGCCAAGACCAUGAAUUGGUCGGCCAAUGUUGAGUGCGACUCAAUGUCUUCCACCAAUGGCUAUGCCCUUCUGCUUCGCGCUCUCUGUCUUAUCCCUCACUACCACUACUUGCUCGCUUCUCUCUUCGCCUCACUGGUUUUUCUCUACAAUUUCCUCGAAUUCCACUUCCUCCAAGACGCUUUCACCGCCUUCCGAGGCUCUACCGUUACCUUGACCUACAACUCAUCCUCUCAUAUCUAUAAUGGCGUCGUUUCCAAGUGCCGGAUUCUCCAUGGCAGAUAUUUAGCUACGCCAUGGCUUUCAAGUCCUCAUGUUCAGACAGUUUUUCUCAAUUUCUUCGGAAGGCCACCCGUCUUUAGCUACAAAAGAGAGCUCUUCGAUGCUGCAGAUGGUGGAACUAUUGCCUUGGACUGGCUAAGGAGUUCUGAUGUUCCUGAUGGUGGGUUUCACAUAAAUAAUGCUACUUCUGAAGAUGACACGACUCCGAUUGUGGUGGUAAUUCCUGGUUUAACCAGUGACUCCUCAUCUGCUUAUCUUAAGCACCUCGCUUUUAGUAUAGCAAAAAGUGGAUGGAAUGUAGUUGUCAGCAACCACAGAGGUCUGGGUGGCGUUUCAAUUACUGCACCAAAAGUGAAUGUUCUCACUUUGACAUGUAUUGCCUUCUUAACAUUUUUUCAAAGUGAAAGAUUGCUUAUGUUGUUAUCCAUCUCUUUUGAAGAUAUACGCGUAAUUAUCAAUCAUCUUCAUAAUAAAUACUCCAAAGCUCCUUUAUUUGCAGUUGGAACUAGUAUUGGAGCCAAUGUUCUGGUAAAGUAUCUUGGCGAGGAUGGUGAUAAUGUUCCUGUUGCUGGUGCUGUGGCUAUCUGCUCCCCUUGGGACCUUUUGAUUGGUGACAGAUUUAUACGUCGUAGGUUCGUGCAAAAGUUUUAUGACAGAGCGCUUACCAUUGGCCUUCAAGGCUACGCACAAUUACACGAGCUUCACUAUUCUCGUCUUGCUAACUGGGAAGGCAUUAAAAAGUCACGGACUAUUCGAGAUUUUGAUGACCAUGCUACCCGCCUUGUUGGAAAAUUUGAGACUGUGGAUACAUACUACAGGCGCUGUAGCAGUGCUGGUUAUGUGGGCAAUGUUUCAAUCCCACUUCUCUGUGUCAGUGCAUUGGAUGAUCCUGUCUGUACUAGGGAAGCCAUUCCAUGGGACGAAUGCAGGACUAAUAAAAAUGUGGUAUUGGCUACAACAAAGCAUGGAGGACAUCUUGCAUUUUUUGAAGGGUUAACUGCAGCUCGCUUGUGGUGGGUAAGGGCAACUGGUGAAUUUUUAAGGGUUCUACAUUCUAGCCAAUAUAUGCAUGUACAAAACAAGAUCCUGAAUAGUGGCCCCAAGUCCUCAUUGGACUCUACAAUUGAUCAGGGCCCCUUUGUAAGCGUUGUGGAGGAUGGUAUGGUGGCUGCAGUGGGAAAUGAACAAACAAACAAUAAUUCGGUGGAAGAAUUAUCGGAGACUCAGAAGAGUCAUUGUGAAAAUACUGAAACUGUUUCUGUUGCAGACCAAGAUGAACUGAGUUCCCAACCAGAGUCUGGUUUUGUGCCAGUCAUAAAAGAAACCUCUGGGCAAGCUACUAGGGUCCAGGAUGCAAAGCCACUUGAUACAACUCCCGUUAAAAGAUGCUUGGAUGUGUUGCGUCAACAGAACAGGUUCUCAAUAUGGCUGCUUGCUUAUAUUGCUAUUGCUACGAGCUGGCCAUUGUUAGGUUCUGCCAUGCGAGCACUUUCUAGGAAGAAGCUCAGAAAUGUCUUACUUGCAGCUUUGUUCAGAAAAUAAUUCCAUGCUCAUAAAUUCCUUGUUGUACUCUCCUUAUAACUUAUUAUUCAUUCUCAUUUAGAGAUAUCGAUGACUGUAUUUAGGUAAUACUUGCUCAAAUAAGUCCUAUCCAUUUUUCUUUUCUUUCCUUAAAUUCCAAUAAUAGACAAGAAUAUAAUAUUACAAGUAUACACAAUAACCAUCAUAUUCCUAAGUUGCUAGGAAUCCUAUCAUGUUCGUGUUCUGAUUUAUAUCAUAUGAUUCAGUAAUCUAUAGAUGUUGUAUGGUAAAUCCUUUCUAGUAGGGGUGGAUACUAGAUGUAAUGCAAAUAAUUAUUUAAAGUUGGCA